AUGGCGAGGCGCAAAGCCAAGAAAACCAACCCAAGUUGGACCCUCAAGGCGGAAGUCCUGCUGUUGAACUGGCUUGACGCCAGCAAAGGCGCGGAUGGAGCGUUACGCCACGACGAAGAGACAACACUGAACGAUUUUGUCGCAGGCGACGAGUUCGUGCGCCAGCAUGUGGGCAUCCAAGACUUUCCGACAGAAGAAGAGAAGAGACAGCACGUCCAACUCAGACUCCGAUACUUGUGGAGCAACUUCCGAUCGCCACUCUAUGCAGAGACACCUUUCGCCAAGACCAUCAUCUACACGAAAGGUAGCGCGGCACUGGACUGA